AUGUCGGCUCAACAUGAGCCGCCAGCGGCUUCGACUAAGGAAAAGGUUGCUACGGCUGUGGCGCCGCCAAGCGCAGCCCGAACCGAUGUUGCGGCCAGGGCCGAGGAGACUCCUGCCGUCCGCUUCGUGCUCACCGACAAGGCGCUCGACGAUGCCUUCAACGACGUCUGGGCCAACAAUGCGAACGCAAUCUCGCACUGCUACUCCAACACCGAUGCGCUCAAGGUCGACUUUACCCGCACUGGCAAGAGGAGUUUUUUGGGCAUGAUCAACGAUGCAACCAACUCCGUCUACAGAAUGGUUCAAGGCGCAGUGACGGACUUCUUCCGCCAGACUGUGCUCGACUUCACAUAUGGUUCCAUCGGCCUUCACGGCCUCGAGCGCUACUACGACGAUCUCAAUAGCCGCGAUCCGUCCGAGUCCAUCCGGCUCGCCCGUGUGCGCACCUCCGCCAUCGAAAGCUGCCGGCGCGAAGUGGUACCGGAUAUCGAGCCGCUCAUUGGUGGCUGGACACUUUGCUCCCCGCUUCAGCCCAAUACGGUGCAGGCGCUCAAGCUCGAGGAAAAGGUCGCUUUGCUCACUUCCAAGGCUCUUUACGUGUGCAGCUACGACUUUGGCAGCGAGAAGCUCAACGAGUUCACCAAAGUACUUGUGGGCGACAUCGUUGGCAUCCAGGAAGGGCUGUAUGUGACGUCGCCGCACGAGUCUUCGCAUCCCGAAGACAACUGGGGCGUCGUGGUGACGUACCUGAACUCGAUCUCUCGGAGCAACACGACGGCGUCCAUCAAGAACCUCACCACCACAGCGGCGACCGCUUCGUCCGCACACGCUGCCGACGCUGCCAGACGCAUCUUUGCGUUCCGCGCCAUCUCGGACGAGGUCGAGGAUGCGGCAGCAGCAGCCUCGAGCGCAACCAUGCGUUCGCGCCAUCUUUACCACACGGUCAAAGGCGGCUCGUUGGGCUCGGCGCCGAGCAACCGCAGCACUGCCGCAGCUGCCGCGGAUGACGACGACGAUGGGCCUGUCUCGUCCAAACGCAAAGUGGCGAGGAUUGUAGAGCUGCUGUGCGAAUGCUGUGCAGACGCAGGCGCCUUUGAUCCGGACCAAGAGGAAGAGGAGGAACCGUUCGUCACGAGCAAGACCAUUCAGAGUCUGGACGAAGCCAAGGCUAUGAUGCCUCUCUUCGGACCGCUGAUUGAAGGCCUCAAGCGCCGACUCUGGCUCUAG